GGAUUCAAUGAAGUAUAUUAUACCUAAGGUAUAUGAGAUAGAAAUGUGUCAAGGACUCUGUGAAGCAUUAUUGGAGGUUUCAGCUUUAUAAAGUAGAAUUUUUUAAGAAGGAAAGUGACAAGAAAAUGAUUGAUCUUUUAACUUUUUUUGUAUAAGAUAAGCUAUGCUAUGCUAUGCUGUAAGGGCCCAGAAGUGGGGAAAAAUGAAAAAGUGAGGAAAAGAUUCAGUACCACAAAUCCACUAACAAAAAAAGGCAUAUUGUUAUGUGAAAAUUAAAGCAACUCGUGAUUAGCAUGGAAGGUGUUUGAUUAAAUGACUGAAAGAGUAUUCAAUUAAAAAAGACUGCAGCAGCAGAGUAGGGAUGUUACUUUCUUUCUUUUUCUCAAUAAACAAAGACCAUUAGCAAUGGAUUGUGGAAAAAUUUCAUCUUUUUGCUGUAAAAAGACCUGUAAGAUGAGUACAGUGGCCUAGUGAAGGGGUCGAGAAUUCGAAGUUUUAUGUUCAAGUUCCAAUAAAGACGAAAAAACACCAGAUCGAUUAUCAAUCCGAAUAUAUGGACAGAUAGAUUAUUGAUCCGACAGAUAUACACAAAUCGAUUAUCAAUGUUAGGUCGCAAAGAGCUAGAACCCGUUCAAUUGUACCCUGGAGGGCUUUACAACUACCGGAAAAUUAAAGCUGCCACAAAUAAUUUUCAUGUUGCGAACCGGAUUGGCGAGGGAGGUUUUGGGACUGUCUAUAAGGGCACUCUUUCGAAUGGGACUGCCAUCACAGUUAAAAAGCUUUCGGCGACAAAAGAAGGAAUGUGGGAGUUUGCGGAAAAGAGUCGUGCAAUUGCUGGCAUAAAACAUCCAAAUCUUUUAACACUAAUGGGAUGCUGUGCAGGAAAGAACCAACUUCUGCUUAUCUAUGAGUUCAUUGGAACUACGUCUCUUGAAGAUGCCUUAUUUGGUUCAGACGAUGAACUUAGAGCAAGACUCGAUUGGCCAACAAGAUAUAGAAUAUGUCUUGGUCUAGCAGAAGGUUUAGCUUUUCUUCACGAGGGCUCCAAACAGGAAACUAUACACGGGGACAUUAAACCAGCAAACAUUAUUCUUGAUGAUGAUCUGAAUCCGAAGAUACAUGGUUUCGGAUUUGCGAAGCUCUAUCACAAGCAAAAAUCAGAAGGAUCAAUCAGGUUAUACACAGCGCCAGAAGUUACAUUUCGCCCCUUAGAAGCUAGAACGGAUGUGUAUAGCUUUGGAGUUGUCAUGCUUAUACUUUUCAGUGGAAGGAAAAUCAAGACCCCGAGGGCAGGUGGUGAAACUAUAUACCUCGUGGAUGAGGCCGAAAAAAUGGAUCGGAGGGGAACUCUAAUGGAACUAGUCGAUCCUAAGCUGAGUUAUGACUGGGAAGAAGCGGAGAUGAUUCUACGAUUAGUAAUGCAUUGCAUAGAUUCACCGCCAUACAGACCAACCAUGUCUGCAAUCGUGAAGAAAUUAAAGAAGGGACACUCAAUCCAGACCAUUUUGACCAAUGCGGAACUUGUUGAAUUGUACCCUGGAGGACUUUACUACUACCGGGAAAUUAAAGCUUCCACAAAGAAUUUUGAUAUCGAGAACCGGCUUGGCGAGGGAGGUUUUGGGACAAUUUAUAAGUUAAAAAACUUUCGGCACCAAAAGAAGGAAUGCACGAAUUUGCAGAAAAAAGGCGUGCAAUUGCUGGCAUAAAACGUCCAAAUCUUGUAACUCUAAUGGGAUGCUGUGCAGGAAAGAACCAACUUCUGCUUAUCUAUGAGUUCAUUGGAACUACGUCUCUUGAAGAUGCAUUAUUUGGUAACGUCUUCCGUUUAUGAAAAAUCUCUUUGUUAAGCCUCCGUAGUUGUACAAAUAAAACUUGAGCUUUGUUUACUUACAGGUUCAGACGAAGAACUUAGAAAAA